AUGAGUUCUGAUCACUUUGCAGCACCCCCUUCCGUAUCAAAUGGGGCUCUUAGAAGCAUGGAGCCAGACUAUCCAGAAGAAAGCGAAUAUGAAACACAAGCAGCAGCUCCGAGCCAAGUAAGAUUUGUUGGUAGUUCCCAGCAGUUCCCCCUAGUUGAUGAACGAACAGUGCCUAUAGUUGACUUUGGCUUACCUCCUCAACAAUCAACUUUACGUCCUUUCUUUGCCUCGAAUGAUAAACUUAAUGGAAAGGACAACCCUUCAUCGGCUGAGAACCGUGGUGGUGGUGGUGGUGGUGCCACUGUCUCCGGUUGGGUGCGCCCAAAAAAUUCUGGUAAUAUCACCCAUAAUCCUUAUAGUAACACGUUAGUCCCAGCUAGCCGCUCAAGCUUUGAUGCCCGAGCUCGAUCCAAUAUCAGUAUGAGGGGAGACAAAUUCAAGCAUGCCAACCAGCAACUUGAUCUGUAUUGA